GCCUCUUUAUUCCCUUGCGACUCUAGAAUUUAUUAAUUAUUCUCAUAGGCUAAAAACUUAAGACCAAAUUAGUAAACUUGAUUAAUCGUAAAAUGAGACCAUUCAGAUUGUUAAUAUCACAAAAUUCCGUCAGUUCUUAUUUAUUUCGUAUGCCUUUUUGGAUUCAUAUCAUAUAUAUAUGUUCACAAUGAAAAGACCAAGCAGAAACCUAAAUGAUAGACUGAUAGUACAUAUAUAUGGUUUUUUUUAAUAGACCACCCUGUGAAACCAAAGCAAAACCUAACUAAGCUAUAAAAUAGAAGGAAAUAAAGACAAACAAAGGACAUUAUUUUCGGAAAAAGCCCGUGGAAUAUAUUCGAGAAAACAAUCUAAAAUGUUCCGUUUCUAUUCUUUUAAACGUAAAAGAAACAAACUAUCAAGAAAAAGGACGUCGGAGUUUAAUAUUCCGUCUCUACUUAAGGACAAAUCACCAGAUAAAUUAGUUUUCUCUAAUAAUGUUCGACACAGCUUGCCCUCACCACGAAACCCUCUCGUCUUCAGAAUCAGACAUGCAUGCAUAUAUAUAUUGUAUAAGUGUACUAUGUAUAAGUUAGUCUUUAUGGUGUUAGAUUAGAUAAUUACUAGGAGAAAAUAAUAGUAUGCCUUUGGAAAAAAUGUGAUGAUUUUACGCCCUUUCCAGUUAGGUUCUUUUAACAAACUAAAUAAUAAAAUUGAAAGCCUUUUAGCAAAAAAAAAAGAAAGGAAAAACAAACUAAAUAAUAAAUUAAACACGUAUAUUUUGUUAGCUGACUAUUAUACACGUUUAAUAUUCUUUGAUUUUAUUUUCAUUGGUAUUUGUUGUGAUAUGGAUACUGGAUAUAGUUAUAUUUACCAGUUGUAUAUGAUUAAUUAUUAUUUUAGCAUUAUUUAUCUAAAUAAAAUUGUGACAUGAGGAAUAUACUAUUGUCAAAAAAUAUCUUCUAGAGUUUUCGUAUUAUACAUAAGUAACAUACCUUUAAUAUACUAUUGUCAAAAAUAUCUUUUACAGUUUUCGUAUUAUACAUAACAUACCUUUAAAUAGUACAAACAUUACAUAAGAAUUUUAGUGCUAAUUUAUUACAAAAAGUUAUGCUUAAUUAGUACAACUUGCCGAUAUAGUUACACCAUCGUAAACAUAUCAGAUGCCACUCGUUCCCCAAUUAAAGGAUUAUAAAACUUGUAUCAAUACGUGUACUAAUACAUCAUGGACAUAUACUCUCAAAUAACCUUUAUCAAAUAUAAAGAACGGCAUGAAUGGUCCUCUUAUUGAUGUGCUCGAUAAUAAUAAUAAUCAAUACGUGUACUAAUACUUUAAACAAAGAUGCAAUAAUAUUUAGCAUUGGUACGUUAUGUAAUAGUUUUAUCUGCGAACAUUCUGUAUGCAAAUGAAAACAGCCAGUAUCGGUUCUUUUUGGUCGGCAGAAAAAAAGAGUAACAAAAUUAAGUUUUAGAGUAUAUAUACAUAAGCGAUGGUAUUUAUAUUAUUUAAAAUGCAUAAUAUCCUUUUAUUCUACGAACAACGCUAUAUAAAUUACUUUAUUUAAUUUAAGUGAUCAAACUAACAUAGUAGUGCUGGAAGCAUCCAUUAUUUUGUUUUAUGUCAACUGAUUUAGGAAAGCUUGAUGUAAUUGAGUUUAUAAUCAACUCUUUCUAAUUUAGGUUGACUAUUCACCACCAAUUUAUAAAUUGUUUUCUUAUUUGAAACGGUGGGUCACUAGAAGAGUUGACUAACCAAACGCUAUAUACAUGUUAACGAAAAAAGGAUCGCAAGAAAAUAUAAUUAACUUACAAAAGUUGUUGACCUUUGUUAAAAGUUAAAGUUAUGUAACGUGAUGCCGUCAUUACUAAGAAUAUGUCAAGUAAUAGUUCAACAAUAUUGUCGAGGAUCUGAAGUUCUUAACUAAUUCAGAAGUUGAUAACCACUAAGAACACUAUUUUCAUUCUAUGUUUGUCACACGAGUUUCUAUUGUUUAACUAGUUUUCAGAUAUAUACUUAGGUGCCCCGUAAUAGAAACCUCACAUUUAAAUCAUACAAAUUCAAUGCCAUAUAAGAUAACCGGUCCUAAAGUACUCAGUUUCUAUUACUAUUUGUUUUUUUAAUCAAAUAAUUAAUUAAGUGGUGAUAUAUUCCUUCACGAAAGAUAAAUAGUAAUCAUUCCAUCAAAUCUGUAGAGAUCUUUGUGGUAGAAAUAGAGACAAAAGGCAAUUAUCAAUUUAUUAUGCGCAGUGCGGGUCUGUGGCAUAAAAUAAACCACUUAUUAAGGAGUUGAUUAGGGCAUAUUGAUUGUGCUAAAACAAUUUGCAUUACGUAUUCAAUAUCAAUGCAACUAUGUUCAUUGUUUUGAUCAUAUACGUAUACAUUUUUUUUAUGUUUCAACAUGAUUUUUUUUCGUUUUGUUAUCUACUUUUCAAUACAACGUACGUGUUAAAUUGUUAAUGGGUACUUUCAUUUAAAUACAUAAAAUUGUAACGAGAUUAUACAUAAAAUUAGAUCACCAUUAAGCAUGAUUCCCUUACAUUGGCUUCAAAAAUAUACAAAUGGUUCUGGCCUUUUGGGUAUUUUUUUUUUUGGUAUAUUACAUGAAAAUUUAAAGUUUUAAGUGAAUGGAUUCAGGGCCGGCUUAGUGGAGGGGACAAGCGGUGCGAUCGCCCCGGACCCAAGUCCGUGUCCCCCCGUAUAAUAAUAAUUAAGGGGUCUAAUUUUUUUAUAAAUCUAUAUUUUUAUAUAUAAAAAAUUAUAAAUAUAAUAAAUCAAAAUAAAAAGGGCCCAGAAUUAUUUGAUAUGUAUAUAGUUUUAUUUUCAUUACAAAUAUAUAUAAAAUAUUAUAUUAAAUUUUAUAUAUAUUUUAAACAUUAUAUGAAUAUAAAUUUUAGAGGGUAAAAUUUUUUUUUUGCCCUAGAGCCCCUAAGAAUGUUGAGCCGGUCCUGAAUGGAUUUUGAAUCAUGCAAGUUGCAUUGCUAAGCCUCAGACGGUCAGACCCAUUCUUAUUUUGUCAUCAUGUAGGUCACUCCCACUAAAGCUCCUUUUCUUUUAUUAAUAUAGCGUAUAUAAAUACUAGUUAACCUCACUCAAAAUAGAGCUACACGUGUGUAAAAUAUAACUUUUAAUAGAAUUUCUACUCAUAAGUCCUUCCAUUGAUUAGAAAACUAAGCACUCUUUUAAUGUCAAGAAAUACGAGGAUCUGAAUAAUUUUUAAGUGGACCAAACGUACUAAAUAAACUAAACUAAGAAAAUGUAAUUGUCUAAGGAACCCAAGGCGACGAAUCUCACCAUUACACUCAGAAUUCGAGGCUUUACCAUGGACAAUUGAAUGGAAUGCAUGUUACAUCUAUCAAUUUGUCAAUUUUUUAGCACCUAGUAUAAGGAUUUAGUCUCGAUGAUUCAAAACUUUGGAACAUGACCUAACUUUUCUACUGAGUUGAAGGAGCUGAUGAAGUUGAAGAACAAAUUCAUAGAGUUUUCGAUAGUUUUUAUUCCUCAUUUAGAGUUUUUAAUAAUCUUUAUUCUUUGUUCUGAGAAUAUAUCAUCUAAUUCAUUAGCUAAGAUAACAAGAUAUUUUUAUAGGAACUUGUAUUACAUUAAUUGUUCUGUUUCAGUCUGGUUUUUUAUACAACCAAAGAUUGAGUAAUAGAAUAGUUAAAAAAUUGUGUAAUGGUUUGUAUUAUUGUCAUGUAAUGCUUUGUAUUAUUGACAUUGAUGGCACUAUUCAUAUUAAUUCAAAUCAACGAGAGCGAUGAAUGUUAAUGAAAAAAACUCGUUAAGAAGAAAAAAAAAGAAACAUUAAUGAAUAGAACACAUGUUUUACAAUGAUCACUAUUUAGUAUUCACAUAUUAAAAAAAAAACAAAGUGUACUUUAGUUAAGGUUCUUUUUUUGCCAACUAGCAACCAACAAGUAAAGUAACAGAUGUAUGUAUUCAUCAAAUAAUUAUAAAGUCAACCAAGUACACUAAAUUUUAUUGAAAAUAUUUUCAUGUUAGUUUUUUCAUAUACAUUUUUUUACGAUUUGGAUUUAGAUAAUGACACGAUGACAAACUAAUAAAAAGCAACACAACGUUAGAAGAUCCAUCAAAAUUUGAGUGUUAUCAGACGCAUUAAAGAACAAUAAUAUUGGUAAUACAAGUUUUGUAUCUAUGUAGUAAAAAUGUCUAGGUAAAACCGUAAAAUAAGUGGACAUGAUAAUUAACGCAACAGGGUCAAACAAAAGAGUAAUGAAAGAAGCGUUGAAGGAGAUGAGAAAAGAUCAAAGGCUUUUGUUGGUUUUAUUGCUUCCCCCACAUGCAAUCCAGGUUGGUCACUGAUGUUUCUACGCAUCAUCAUUACACUCAGUGGUUUCAGAUUUCACAAAUCCAAGAGCCCUACAAAAAUCCUGAUUAAUGGGUAUCCAUCAAUCUUCUCACUUUUAUAUGUUAAUCCAUUAAACAAAUGAUUGAACAAGGAGAUUUUGAUUUUUCAUUUCCUUCUUUCUUUUUCGGUUUUGGAUUAUGCCCUCAUGUUUCUAGUAAUAUACUUUGUGUUAUAUUUAUAUAGAAUUAAUAUUCUUUUACGCGGAAGAGUUUAUUUUCUUCCACUGCCACAAGGCAUUGAUUCCCUCCAUCUCUCUCCUCUGAGUAUUUUUGCCGCUAGCUCUGCUCAAGGUAGUAGAAGUACAAGGGGAUAUGAGUUUGGAAGGACUUAUGUUGUGAGGCCUAAAGGAAAGCACCAAGCUACUAUUGUUUGGUUGCACGGUCUUGGAGACAAUGGCUCAAGCUCGUCUCAACUCUUAGAGAGCCUGCCUCUUCCAAACAUAAAAUGGAUUUGUCCAACUGCUCCCUCACGUCCUGUUUCGCUUCUGGGAGGCUUUCCUUGCACUGCAUGGUUUGACGUGGGAGAAAUCUCUGAGGAUCUUCAUGAUGAUAUAGAAGGCUUAGAUGCUUCAGCAGCACAUAUUGCUAACCUCUUAUCAACUGAACCAACAGAUGUAAAAGUUGGGAUAGGUGGUUUCAGCAUGGGUGCAGCAAUAGCACUCUACUCCACAACAUGCUACGCUCUUGGACGUUAUGGAAACGGACUUCCUUAUACUAUAAACCUACGCGCUACUGUAGGACUCAGUGGUUGGCUUCCUGGCUGGAGGAGCUUAAGGAGCAAGAUAGAAAGUUCAAAUGAGGCUGCAAGGCGUGCUGCAUCGAUACCAGUUAUACUUGCACAUGGAACUUCGGAUGAUGUAGUUCCUUACAGAUUUGGAGAAACAUCUGCGCAGGCACUUGCCAUGGCUGGAUUCCGACAAGUUAUGUUCAAACAAUAUGAAGGGCUUGGUCACUAUACAGUUCCGAAAGAAAUGAAUGAGGUCGUUCACUGGCUCGCCUCAAGGCUUGGACUUGAGGGCUCACGUUAAAGCUUCAACAUGCAUCUAUAGCUAUUUUCAUACAUGGUGUGUAAUAUAUUAUAUAUAGUGGGUGGUUUCUUGGGGUAUACGUCGACUGUUUUGUGAUUUAAUUUUUGCUUUUUCUGCUCUUUCGAUUCUUGAUUAUGAAUAAUGAAAUAAAAGCUCUUUGAUAAUAUAAUAUAUCAAGUUUUGCUCA